GUGAGCGGUAUACAGUGCUAUAUAGCGGUGAUUCUGUAAAGCUCCACGUAAUUUUUUGGCACGUGACAUUCACGUUUACUUAGUAUGACUUUCAUUGAUACUGUAACUCAACCGUCACGGUAGUUUCGCCUCAAUGCGGAUUCUAUGGCUGCUCUUGACACUGCUGCCAUUGGUAUACUCAAAUUUUGUUAACAACACAGAAAACCUGCUAUGGGGAGCUUACAGACCCAACUUGUACUUCGGCCUCCGGCCAAGAUUACCCCAAUCCCUUAUGACUGGUCUUGUGUGGUUUGGCACUCAGAACUAUCAGUCUAUAGCCAAGGCUCGCCACGCAUGUGACCAGGGCGAUGGCCUUGACAGCUACACCUGGACGCAUUUCGACCCACGCCAGGGCGGUGUACAAAUACUGCAGGACAGCCAGAACAAUGUGGAAAUUACCACCGAGCUUUUGAAGGUGCCUGGUGGCUCCCAUGGUGGUGGUUGGGUUGCACGUAUCAAAGGAACACCUAUCAAUCCCAGUGCGCUUUCUAUCAUGACUGUAUCAUCUAGAAUUUCCACUAUAUUUUAUCUCGGCCUAGAAGGACUAGGCGGGCUGGAUAUGGUCACCGAUGAGAGCGAGAAUGGAAUCGACGGACCCGUAGAAUUCUCCGGCACUACGCCUGACCUCGGUGAUUUUACUAUCCGCAUAGUCGACGCGCCCGAUAACGAGGCUGUUACUACUGGCCCGCACUCUGAGGUUUUCGAGGAACGGUUGGGAAAAACUCAUCUAGUAGGCUUGCGCCUGCCACCGGGGCAACUUUGGACCGCGAAAGAUUACAUCAUACAGAGCAUCGUUGACCGUGCAAGUCCGAUUGUCGAGAAAUACCGCGCUGCAGAACAAGCGCCUGAUCCUUCAUUUAUCCUGCAGCUUCCUGAUGAUAUUCUCACUGCAAGCAAUCUUUUUGCUGUUCAGAAAUCCUUUGAGGGAGAGUUUCAGUUUGAUGUUUUCUUCGAGAGUGCCAGUGCGAACCAGGCGUUUGAUGCAAGCACCAUUGAUAAAGGCAUUGCGGCUAUCGUAGCGUCCUUCGACAGUCGCUUUGAGGAGACAUUCCCAAUCCCAUCAUCAUACGCAGCCAAUGAUGUUACACGUUUGAAGUCUUUUAGCAAGGCGAUCACCUCCAACCUCUUCGGUGGUAUCGGCUACUUCUACGGCACGUCCAUCGUCGACAAAGGAUUCGCGUAUGAAUGGGACCAAGAUGAUGAGAUCGACGACGAAGAUGAUGGACAGAACGGCGCACGGUUGACUGAACCACGUGCUCUGUUAACUGCUACGCCUAGCCGCAGCUUCUUCCCGAGAGGGUUUUACUGGGAUGAAGGCUUCCACCUUUUACACAUAGGCGCAUGGGACCCAGAGCUUAGUCUCGAAAUUCUGAAGGACUGGAUUAAGCUCAUCGAUGACAAUGGCUGGGUCGCACGUGAACAGAUCCUUGGCGAGGAGGCGCGCAGCCGAGUCCCCGCACAAUUCCAGACCCAAGUGCCUACUUUCGCAAACCCUCCCACUCUGACGAUGGCGGUGACAGCCAUUAUCAAACAAUUCAACGCUGCGCAUGAUGGACCUUCCGCUGCAGAUCUUGGGAUGGACUAUGACAUGGGUGGACAAAUGCCCCUUGCCGGCAAUCCCGAGUCCACCGCGGCCCUCGAUCGUGCGGCGGUGCAGUCUAUCCUGCGCGACAUGUACAAGCCCUUGAAGCGGCACUAUGAAUGGUUCCGCCGGACGCAGCGUGGGCAGAUCAAGCAAUACGGCCGUCGGGCGCGGUCACGUGCGGAAGGGUACCGUUGGCGAGGACGUUCUGAAGCACAUGUUUUGACGAGCGGAAUGGAUGAUUAUCCGAGAGGUCCGCCGCAUGCAGGGGAGCUUCAUUUAGAUCUAAUCAGCUGGAUGGGCUUCUUCACCCGAACAAUGAAGGACUUUGCACAGUUCAUUGACGAAGAAGAGGAUGCCGCAAGUUUUGCUGAGAUUGAGUUGGCUAUAAUAAACAAUAUUGAUGAUCUGCAUUGGGACGAGGAAAACGAGAUGUACUGUGACGUUGGGAUUGACUCAGAUGAUGAAUCGACCCAUAUCUGUCAUGCGGGUUAUGUUUCACUCUUUCCCUUCAUGCUCUCGCUGCUUCCGCCGGACUCCCCACACCUUGGGCCCAUCCUUGACAUGCUGCGUGAUCCCGAACAACUCUGGUCGGAGUAUGGUAUCCGCAGUCUGAGCAAGAGUCAUCCCGAGUUCGGGCAGGGGGAGAACUAUUGGAAAGGUCCAAUAUGGGUGCAGAUAAAUUAUAUGGUGCUUGGCGCGUUGCAUAACACGUAUGCGCGUGAGGAGGGACCGUUCCAGGAGAAGGCCAGGGAGAUGUAUGAAGAGCUGAGGAAAAAUGUGGUGAAUAAUGUGUUCAAGGAAUAUCAAAGAACAGGAUAUGUAUGGGAGCAGUACGAUGCCCUUACUGGAGAGGGACGGAGGAGCCAUCCUUUCACUGGUUGGACAUCGCUGAUCACGCUCAUCCUCGCAGAGAAAUACUGAAUCAAACCCUAGCCCUAGGUGAAAAGAUCCUCUAUAUAGAGGUGUGUAUCUUGUAUAUACCAUCAGCAGAAUCAGCUGGACCGAAAAAUCUAUAUGGUAUGAUGGAUA